UUAUAACCCAGGCUGAGUGCCGGGAGCAGAGGAGGAGGUGGCUGCAGGACGGCACAGGCCUGAGAAGUCUGUGGCUGAGCUGGGAGCGGGUUCCCCACCCCCUACUUGGGGGACAUAGCAGGUACAGUGGCCAUGGCUACAGCAGGACACCCCUGGAUGUGGAUGGUCGGUGCCCUGAUCACAGCCCUGAUUCUGGGGGUGACAGAGCCUGUUCUUGCAAAUGAUGUUACCUCCUGCGACAACCCCUCUGACACUGGCCCCUCUGAAAGCACCCGGGACAUUGGAGCUGGGGACCAGGAGGACACCAGGGCAGACGAGGGGAGCAGCAGUCGCAUCGUGAAUGGAACCGACUGCGAGAAAAAUGCCCAGCCGUGGCAGGGUGCGCUGUUGCUGGGGCCCAACAAGCUCUACUGUGGGGCCGUGCUGGUGAAUCCUCAGUGGCUGCUCACAGCGGCCCACUGCCGGAAACCAUUUUUCAGAAUCCGUCUUGGCCACCAUUCCCUGUCACCUGUUUAUGAAGCUGGACAACAGUUGUUCAAAGGGAUCAAAUCCAUCCCCCAUCCUGGCUAUUCCCAUCCUGGCCACUCUAAUGACCUCAUGCUCAUCAAACUGAACAGAAAGAUCCGUGAGACUCAGAGAGUUAAGCCCAUCAACAUCUCCUCGAAGUGUCCAUCUGCUGGGACCAGCUGCAUGGUAUCUGGCUGGGGAACAACCAACAGCCCCAACGUACAAUUCCCCAAGGUCCUCCAGUGCUUGAACAUCACUGUGCUAAGUGACGACCGGUGCAGAAAGGCCUAUCCCAGACAGAUAGAUUCCACUAUGUUCUGUGCUGGCGACGAGGCGGGCAGAGAUUCCUGCCAGGGUGAUUCAGGUGGCCCUGUGGUCUGCAAUGGCUCCCUACAGGGCCUCGUGUCCUGGGGAGACUUUCCCUGUGCCCAGCCCAACAGACCCGGCGUCUACACCAACCUGUGCCAAUUCACUAAAUGGAUCAAGGACACCAUCCGGUCGAACUCAUGAGGCAUCCCGGGACCUGGCGGCAUUCUGGUGUGGCCCCACGAUCUGUGGUCCCUCACUCCUGAAGGAACCGUGACACUGUCUCCAGACCCUGCUCCUUACUGCGGGUGUUGGGGUUGUUAAUCUCUCCAGCCCCUCCUCGUCUCCUGGAAUCGGGCUCCCCCUUCCCCAAACCUGGGCUGACCCUGUCUUUCCAGUCAGGCCUUAGAGACAGUUUCCCAGAAUGACCAAGGUGAGGGCUGCCCCUCAGUGUCCCCCAUGCUUCGUUCUUUAGACCCAGAGGCUGUCCUUGCCCUGCAGCUGUUACCCAAAUUUGGUCUCAGAAAUAAAGCAUCUGAGGAGAAGUGG